GCACCUUUCCAAACUUUUUUUUUUUACAAAAAAUGGAUUGCUCUUCUUCCUUUUCUUUCUUACUUUUAAAAUUAAAUAAAUAAAUGUCCCUCUUCUAACAACAAUGACUCUGUCCAGCCACGUUUUCUUCUUCGACAUUGACAAUUGCCUCUAUUCGCCGACUGUGGGCAUCAUCCCGCUGACAAAAGCGCGCAUCCACGCUUACGGGUGCUCCAUCGGAAUCGAUCCCGAGACCGUCAAAGGCACUUGUGAGUCCUACUACAAGGCCUACGGAUUAACCAUCCGUGGCUUUAUCAAGCACCAUGGCAUUAAUCCUCUCGACUAUAACGCCAAAGUGGAUGGCAGCCUUCCCUUAGAAACUGUCAUCCAGCCCGACCUGCCGCUGCGCGAAAUGCUCCAGCGCAUUAAAAUGCGCCGCUGGGCAUUCACCAAUGCUGGAAUCGACCAUGCUCAAAGAGUGCUCAGGUGCCUGGGUAUCGAGGAUAUGUUUGAGGGAAUCACGUUCUGCGAUUAUUUGGAAGAGGACUUUGCUUGCAAGCCCGCGAAAAUUACGUAUGAGCGCGCUAUGCAGGAGGCUGGCGUAAGCAAUCCAAAGAUGUGCUAUUUUGUCGACGAUAGUGUGGUGAACGUUGUGGCGGCCCAGGAAAUUGGAUGGACGGCCAUUCAUGUUUCGCCCACGGAGCCCAUGCUUCCGGGCGGCAUUCUGACGAUCCAUGACCUGCCGCUUGUACUCCCGCAUAUAUUUGAGUAAUCCAUUUG